UCCCGCGCCGAAUCGCGGCUGUGCAAGAUUCACUUCAAAACCGGUGUUUCCAUAUUGAACUAUAGUUAACUCACUCUUGAAAGAAAUGAAUACUUUUUCAAUCGGCAAGGUCACGAAAUCCGAUAUUUGAUUGUGUGACUGUUUUUGUUUCACUGUGCGACAAUGUGACAGGGGAGGAAAAUAAAAUCGAACACAAGUAUAGAGUGCUCAUGCAUGUCGCCAACCGUUAAUCUUCAGCUGUUGCGUCGUAAUUAUUUUACGUAGUUUCUUGCCGACCCGGCUUUCAGAUCAUUUAAUCGGAAAAGUGUCAUUCGGUUUAUAGUUCUGAUCAAUAUGAGACGCAACUUUGUCAGAGGAAAACUAAUUUUUUUAUUACUACUUGCUAGUUGCCAAGCUGAUAAAGAAAACUUUGAAGUUUUUAAUGAUCGCGAUAUAAUACAAGUGAAUUUAAAUACUCUUAAUGACAUUACACCAUAUAUCAAACAAAUAUCUAUUACAUCUUUUAGUCAUCUUACCUUGAAUAUAACAGACAUUUCAUCGAAUGUUGCAUUUUAUAUUGUUCAAAUUCAUUCACACUUGCACCCUGUUGCAUUGUCUUAUGAUAAAUAUUAUGCAAAAAGAGUAUUUGGAACAAACAUUGGCCUUUACGUCAAACCUAAUCUUAAUAAUAUAACAUCAUUGUACUUAAAAAAUGAUGGAGUCUAUUCCGCGAAGGCCCUACUUGUUAUUAUGAAUUACAACGAUAAAGCACCCAUACCGGGUGGAUGCAACAUGGAGUUCGAUACCGAAAUUGCGCCAUAUGCAAAGGUACUUACCAGGGACGGCAUGAUAACAGUCGAUGUGCAACCAGCCUCUGUACCUUUAAACAAGACUGCGGUAUCGAUGUGUGACAAAAAUCCAGUCACACACGAUAUGUAUCAAGUAUAUUUGCCUCAACAGGACCUAUCCUCUAAAACUUAUUUCGCGUACAUCACGAACAUGUUGACGGUAAACGAUAUCAUCGAGAAUGGGCAGAAGAUCUCAACUCCAGAUCUUUUUAAACCGUUGAGACGAAUUUUCAACGCAUACAUUGGAACUGGCUCAGUUUACGUCACCGUGGCCACUUAUGGUACUCAGUCUGCCGCUUACGUUCCAGCUUUUUCGUACGCCUGCGAUCCUGCAGAAUUCCCGACCUCGUGCCAAGUUCUAGAUAAUACGUAUUCAAAAUUCAUGGUGGCCUGCUGCUUCUUCGUAGGGCUAGCCUCGGUUUUCUUGGGAAGCAAGUGUAUAAAACUUGAUGUAGCGGUACCAGUAUUUUUCACGGCAGCCGUAAUUUCUUAUGUCGUCACUGAACAAAGCCUUACACUCGCUUGGGUGUUAGGCUUGUGCAUAGCAGUGCUAUUUGGAAUCUGCCAAAAAUUCAUGGUCUUCAAUCUGUUCGUCCCAAUGUCGUUAGGAUUUUUUAUCGCGUGUUUCGCCUACUUCACUUUCCCAGAAUCCCUUGUACUCUUACAUUCCGAUUGGAUGUUUUGGUUUCUGUUCGUGACUGCGAUCGUUGUUGUUUGUAUAACCAAGAAAUUACUAUUUUUUUUCACUGUUGGUCACGUUACCUGUGCUAUAAUUGGAUCUUAUAUGUUGAUCGUACCGUUCGAUUAUUACGCUGAAUCUACCUUGAAAUACAUCAUCUUCAAUUUUGUAAGGAGAUGCACCGUUACAGAUUUUAAAUAUGCCAUUAUCCAGCCUCCAAUUCAAUACAAAGAUAUAACGUUGAUUGUAUUCUGGGUGUUAUUAGCGUCGUGGCGAUUUAUAAGCAUCUUUUGGAGCCCUACAUUACGCGUGCCUUUUUCUAGACCAACCGAAGUUACACCUUUAUUAUAAUGCUCCGAUGUCAAAUUUGUAUAAGAGAUCAUUUAUUCGUUAUGCGUAAUACCAAAGUUGAAUAAUAAAUAAUAAAGACAUAAUAGUUUCGUGUUAAU